AUGGAGAAGCGCCUGCAGACGCUAUGGGCGGCGGUGCUGAAGAUGGAGGACCCGGGAAGAAUCAGUGCAGAUGAUAGCUUCCUGCGUAUCGGGGGUGACAGCAUUGCAGCUAUGAGGCUUGUUGGUGCAGCUAGAGCAUCGGGUCUGACUUUCUCCGUUGCGGAUGUCUUGAGGCAUCCAAAGUUGAGUGAUCUGGCGGUAGAGAUAUCUGGGGUGGGACAGAGCGAGGUCGAUGACGAUCGGGCUAUGACAGUAAAGGGUAUCGAGAGAUUCUCCCUGCUGAAGAGCGAGUUGGAUGUCACCGAGGCUGUUAGGUUGGCCACUGCUGCUCUGGAUGGCAUUGAGGAAGACCAGAUCGAAGACAUGUACCCCUGCACGCCGCUUCAGGAGGGCAUGUUGGCCUUGACCUCGUUACGCCCAGGCGAAUACAUCGCCAAAUGCGCCUUGGAGCUGAGAUCUUCGGUUGAUCCAGGCCGUUUCCGCCAGGCUUGGGAUGCGCUGGUCGCCUCGACGCCGAUGUUACGGACUCGAAUCCUCGAUCUCACCGGCCAGGGCCUCGUACAGGCUGUCAUCAACCAGGGGUCCGUUUGGUCAGAGGAGGAUGGUCAGCAGGUGGUGGGGCUAGGGUGGCCUCUUUUUUCUGCCAGACUCUCCGUGGAAACAGACCGAUGUGUCUUUUAUCUGACGAUCCACCACGCGCUCUACGACGGCUGGUCGCUGGGACUUCUCUUCGAGAGACUAGAGGCGAUCUACCUCGAGAUACCCAUCCCUCCCGUACCCGACUACAAGACCUUCGUCAAACACGCCACCAGCAUCGACCAAGGAGACGCUCUUGGGUUCUGGAGUCAUCAACUGCGGGGCCUCAAUGCUGAGGUAUUCCCCUCUUUGCCAUCUCCAUCCCACCAGCCAAAGCCAGACAAGGUGAUGACCUAUCACAUCGACGGUCUACGAAUGGGAACGAAUAGCGAUGUGACGUUAUCGACUGUUGUCCGCGCAGCAUUCGCGCUCGUGAUAGCCGACUAUUCCGACGGCGAUGACGAUGUCGUCUUCGGCGUCACGGUGACAGGCCGGCAGACAGCGGUUCCUGGGAUCGAGGACAUGAUCGGCCCGACCAUAGCAACGGUACCGUUCAGGAUCUCAGUCGACCGUGAGGAGGAGCUGCAUGCCUACUUGUCUCGCGCCCAGACGCAAUCAAUUGAGAUGACGCCGUUCGAGCAAAUGGGCCUACAAAGGAUACGUCGGCUCAGCCCCGAUGCAGAGAGGGCGUGCAGCUUCCAGACGCUACUCAUCGUUCAACCCGCUGAGGAGGCGGCCGAGUGGAGCUCCGAGAUCAUUGCGCGGGAUAUCCACGAUGUGGACGAGAACAGCGCAGACGUCGAAGGGGGAAUGCUGCAGCAAGACGACACAUAUGCUCUGACAGUCGAGUGCCACCUCGGGAAAGACGGCUCCCUGCGAUUGCGAAUCGGUUAUGACUCGACCGUCCUGGAGGAGAAGCAGGUCCAGCGCCUCGCCCAGCAAUUCAAGCAUAUGCUACACCAGAUAUGCUCGUCCGACGACGAAACCUUGCCUGUGGCGACACUCCAGACACUCAACGGUGACGAUGCUAGGGAUAUCUGGUCCUGGAAUGAGACUGUUCCUGAGACCGUCAACGUCUGUGUUCAUGACAGAAUCUCAGCAAUGGCAUUCCAGCUUCCAGACAAGCUAGCUGUCUGUGCCUGCGACGGAGACUGGACCUAUCACGAAUUGGACUCUCUCUCCACUCAUUUGGCCUUCCACCUGAGACGACUGGGCAUUGACAGCGAGACCAUCGUGCCCUUGGUCUUUGAGAAAAGCAAAUGGACGCCGGUGGCCAUGCUCGGCGUUAUGAAAGCAGGCGGCGCUUCCGUCCUUGUCGACACUGCACAGCCCGAAGAACGAUUGCGCGCCAUCAUCCCACAAGUCAGCCCAAGUGUGGUACUCUCGUCCGCGGGCAAGCAGGAGCUGGCGAACCGGUUGGCAGCCGGGGCCGCAGUGCAGGCCAUCAGUGAAGCUGGACUGCGCGCGCUGAACCGAAAAGUGGGCGGGGAGUGGCCCGUCUUGCCUCGGGUCAGUCCGUCGAGUCGACUGUAUGUCGUAUUCACAUCAGGCUCAACAGGCACCCCGAAGGGGGUCGUCAUUACGCACGCAAACUUCAGCAGCGCCCUGACCCAUCAGAGAGCAGCGCAGGGCAUCACAUCUUCGACACGCCUGUUUAAUUUCGCAUCGCCUGCUUUUGACGUCGCGUGGGCGAACACGCUUACAGCGUUCGAGUGCGGAGCCACGCUGUGUGUUCCAUCUGACGCAGACCGGAAAGACGAUCUGAACGGAGCCAUUGCAAAGUUCAGGCCCACUCAUAUGGACGUGACACCCUCCGCUGCUCUCGUUCUAUCAGCCGAGUCAUUGCGCCAGCUCGAGAGCAUGACGCUGGGUGGAGAGCGUCUCACGGCCGAAUGGGCAAGACGCUGGGCGCCACAUGUCAGCUUGAAGAACUCAUACGGCCCAAGCGAGGCAACCCCCACGGCCACAUUCACUCAAGCUAUCCUCCCUGACGGUUCGUUUGCCGGCAGUAUCGGGACGGGGGCCGGUGUCAACACAUGGGUGGUCAACGCAGCAGUCGGGACUUCUCUCGUUCCCAUUGGAAGUACCGGCGAGCUGUGGCUGGAGGGUCCAAUAGUUGGUGCCGGAUACCUUGACGACGAAACCAAAACUGCCAGUGCUUUUAUCGAGGAUCCGCCGUGGCUGCUGCAGGGUAGUGACCGGCAUCCGGGGCGACGAGGGCGCCUCUAUAAAACAGGAGACCUUGUCCGGUACAACCAAGACGGCAGCCUCACCUUCGUCGGACGAGCUGACAACCAGGUCAAGAUAAAUGGCCAGCGCGUGGAGCUGGGCGAAAUUGAGAGCCACCACGACAACACCCACCAGACGGUCUGUCUGAUACCGUCUUCCGGGCCCUGUGCAAAACGAGUUGUCGCGUUCUUCAGCCUGCGGGACGUGAAGCGAGAAGCCACCAACGCAACAAGUACCAUUGAAAUACUCACCGUUACCGAGCACUCCAAGUCCGCCGAGCGACAUACCCAAGCUUUGAAGACUCUUCUCUCCGAGACACUGCCAAGCUACAUGAUUCCCUCAGUAUGGGUGCCACUUGGAUACUUCCCCAUGACGGCCACCGGCAAGCUGGACCGUAAGGCGCUCAAACGUACGUACCACAUGAUCGCCAACGUGGACAGCGGCCAAGUCGCUCGACGCGGGCCACGCACUGCUGUUGAGCGCCUGCUUAUGGAUGCCGCCAGUCGCGUCUUGAACAUGGCGGUCGCAGAUAUCAACCUUGGGCGGUCCUUCAUAUCCAACGGCGGCGACAGUAUCAGUGCCAUGCGUCUCAGCUCACAAUGGCGGGCCGCAGCGAGCGCUGAAGGUUUCUCAGUUGCUGCACUGAUGAGGAGCAAGUCUCUUGCCGAUUUCGCGCGGACGCUCUCGCCUGCUGCGGGGACGAUGGCUGUAAGUAACGACAUGCCGGAAGAGGCGGUCGAAACCCCCUUUGAGCUGGCGCCUAUCCAGCAGUGGUUCUUGGAGCAGCUUGAGCCUGCUGAGACAGUAACGCAACCUGACUACCACUACAAUCAGGGAUUUUAUGUCAAGAUGGCAAACCGGAAGUUCUCCGAGGACGAAGUUGCGGCCGCUGUGGAGAGGCUGGUAAAACCACCACUCGAUGCUGAGGACACGGUUCAAGAAGAUCGAAAGAAGCCGGUGGCAGUCAAGGAGGCUGCGUCACUUGCCAUGCAGAGCCAUCUGUCCAUCAACAUCGAGUAUGGGCGGGUGUUCUCCGGGGACCUGUGCGCUAUGACUACCACAGGAGAGCAGUACUUGAUCCUCGUUGCCCACCAUCUGGUCAUCGACCUUGUUUCAUGGCGCAUUCUUCUAGACGAGCUCGAGACACUCCUGUCGGGCGACACACUCCAGCACAGCCUUCCGUUCCAGGCAUGGGCCAAAUUACAACAAGCCCACGUCUCGUCGUCAUCCGACUUCCUGCCGGAGAAGCUUCUCACUUGUUUCGUCGAGAUUGAUCGCGAGACAACGUCGCACCUCCUCAGCGCCGCCAACGACCCGUAUAAUACUGAGCCGGUUGACCUUCUCCUGUCAGCCGUCUGGGCUGCGUUCUUGAGCACGUUUCUUCGACGUCAGGGCCUCACCAUCUUCAGCGAGGGUCACGGCCGCGAACCAUGGUCUGCUGUGGCAGAUACUGUCGAUCUCUCGCGGACAGUCGGAUGGUUCACGACCAUGAGUCCCAUGAGCGUGUUAAGGGACGAUACCGUUAGUGCUGCCAACAUAGUCAGACUGGUAAAAGAUGCGCGCCGUCGGUUACCAGCAAACGGAUGGGCGUACUUCGCCUCGAGAUAUCUCAAUCCUGAGGGCAAGAUAGCGUUCCAGGCGCAUAACUCAACCAUGGAAGUCACGUUCAAUUACCACGGGCAAUUCCAGCAGCUGGAAAAUGAGGAGUCGUUCUUCAAGACGUGGCUCUUCCUGGAGUCUCGGAACAGGGCUCCGUCGCUGCAGUCGAUAUGCAAAAACUUGGUCAGCACGCGGAGCCGCCCGUCGCGAACACUCUGCGACUAUGAGUUUCUCACACUCGACUACCCCGUCCUCGACGACUUCCAAGACGGUCUCGUCACACAGAUAGAGUCUCUCAACGGUUCGGGGAUCGAGGAGGUCUACCCUUGUACUCCCACUGUGGAUGGCAUACUGCUGAGCCAGACCCGACAAGCUAGCUCCUACAAAACCGUUGCGCUGCAUGAGAUCAGCUCGGGAGACAACAAGCCAAUCGACAUCGAUAACCUCAUUAAGGCUUGGCAAAAAGUCGUAGCUCAUCAGCCUGCAUUGCGAAGCAUCUUCAUCGGGGGACUCGACGCCUCUGCCGCUUUCAACCAAGUCGUGCUCAAGCCUUACCAAGGAGAAGUGGUGCUCCUUCCGCCCGUCGAAGACAGAGCUGCUGCAGUGGUGGCACUGAGCCAGCUGCCAGCUGUCGACUACACACAGCUUCGGCCGCCUCAUCGAGUUGCGCUCGUCCCGGCACAGGGCAAAGUCGUGUGCGAGACUGCAAUGUCCCACGCCAUCACCGACGGCGCAUCGUCUUCACUCCUCAUAGAGGAUUGGACUCAAGCCUAUAUUGGCACACUGAGUACAGUCGACCUUCUAUCCGCAACUUCCGGCUACGUCGCUGCUUUGCAGGCUGGCAAGACAAAAGCCGAGAAGCUCACCUACUGGAAGAAGAAGCUGGCCGGCGUCGAGCCUUGCCAUUUUCCUGCCCUCGCCGGAGGUGCACGCGGCGGUAGCAGCAGCGAGAGAGCGACCGCAGCCACGACAUCUACAUCGACAGUGUUCAUCAGGGACGCAGUUGUUCGCAAGUAUCCAGCAGUUCUGCUCCGCCCCAUCAUCAGUCACGCCCGCAAGCCUCCUCCAGAGCGCAUGGGCGCCGAGGCAGGAUCGGUCGUGUUCGGGUACCUCUGUUCGGGGCGGGACGCGCCAGUCGCGGGAAUCGACGUGUCUAUCGGCGCGUACGCGAAUAUGAUGGUAUGUCGCGCGGAAAUCGAGACGGGCGGGAGCGAUGGGUUCGUGCGUGGGGUGCACGAGCAGAUCAUGCAGGACAUGGACUAUCAGCACUGCUCGCUUGCGGAGAUUCAGCAUGAACUUGGGGCUGGACGAGGACUGUUCAACAGUGUUGUUUCUUUCCAGAGGGUAGAGGCUGACCAGCAGGACACGGACGCGACCGAGGUGGGGUUGGCGUUUGAGGGGCUUGACGGUCUGGAUCCGACUGAGUAUGACAUCGUCCUCGGCAUCAACUACGCGGCAGACCACAUUGAAGUGGAGCUUGAGUACGCAGAUACUCAUCUGACCGACGAGCAAGCCAACAGGGUGCUCUCUCUUUUCCAGAAGCACACCGCCUCGUUUGUAGCAGACACCAACAAAGACGACGGCGACCGGGAACAGCGUCUCAUCAGCGAUGAAGACGCACAACAGAUUUGGCAGUGGAAUGCCUCUGUGCCCGCCGCUUCCGAGCGAUGUAUGCACGAGUUGAUCACAGGCACAGCGCGUCGCAACCCUACCGGCCCGGCCAUCUGCGCUCACGAUGGAGACUUCACCUACGGAGAGAUGGAUGUUCUCGCCACGCGGUUGGCGCAGCGCCUUGUGCAGCUCGGCGUGGGAAGUGGGGAUAUGAGCAUCGUGCCUCUUUGCUUUGAGAAGUCCAAAUGGACCCCUAUUGCCAUGCUGGCUGUCAUGAAAGCUGGUGGGACUUGUGUCACAUUGGACACGGCGCUGCCAGAGGAGAGGUUGCGCGGGAUCGUGCGCCAGGUGCAGCCGACACAAGAGCAACAUGCACUCAUACUAUGCUCGUCUGCCUGUGAAGACCUGGCUGGUCGACUGGUCGAGGGCGCAUUCUUGCAGGUCGUGGACGAGAGCAUUUUGACGCUUCCAGAGUUGUCCUCGCCAUUGCCAGUCGUCUUGUCCUCGACGAACCUGUACGUCGUCUUCACCUCAGGCAGUACCGGGGUUCCGAAGGGGGUGAUGAUAAGCCACGCGAACUACGCCAGCGCCGUACUUUAUCAGCAGGCCGCUCACGGUUUCACCGUCUCCUCGAGGGUCUACGAUUUCGCUUCUUUUUCUUUCGACGUUAGUUGGUCCAACUUCCUCCACACGCUGUCCAUUGGGGCCUGUUUAUGCAUACCCUCGGAUGAAGACCGACGGAACGACCUGGUUGGCUCUAUUCAACGCCUGCGUGCCACGCAUGUUGAUGUCACACCAUCGGUCGCUCGAUUGCUUCCGGCUGAAGCUCUGCAAAAGGUGCAGACGCUUGUAUUGGGUGGUGAGAAGAUACCAGAUGAGGCAAGGAACUGGGCUCAUUUGGUCAUGGGCGGUGUGAAGAACCCCUAUGGCCCGAGCGAGUGCACACCGACAGCAACCAUUACAGAUGUCGAUCCUAACGCCACAUUCACCGGUAGUAUCGGCAAAGGUAUCGGCCUCAAUACAUGGGUCGUAGACGUUGACGGCCAAUCCUUGGUCCCCGUCGGAUGUACCGGCGAGAUCUGGCUAGAAGGGCCCCUCGUCAGCAACGGCUACCUAGGCAAUGACGAAAAGACAGCAGCAGCAUUCAUCACGAACCCACCUUGGCUACUACGCGGUGCAGGUGACUUUUCCGGACGCAGGGGUCGACUAUACAGGACGGGUGAUCUUGUACAUUAUAGCGGCACGAACGGCUCUCUCGUCUUCGUCGGCAGGAAGGACAUCUCCCAGGUUAAGAUCAACGGCCAGCGUGUGGAGCUGGGUGAGGUUGAACACCACGUGAGGGCAUGCGUCCUUGAGGAAACCGUAAAGCAGGUCGUGGCCGAGGUUGUGACGCCCCAACAUAACGGGAGCGCCAUGCUAGUGGCUUUCCUCGAGAUUGAUUCAUGUUCCUCUACCGACGCUGGAGUUGUCGUCGCUUCCUUUGGUCUCGAAGAGAUGCUAAACUUGCGGCUGCCGAUCCACAUGAUACCGGCAGCUUACAUCCCCCUGGAGCAAAUCCCUCUGACGGCAAAUGGUAAGACGGACCGCAAGCAUCUCCAAGAGAUGGGCAAACAUCUCACGCCAGCCCAGCUGCGGCCAAUUGUGGCCUCGAAAUCAGGCUCUCUGGUGUCAAGCAGACCUCCGACGUCGAUGGAGAAGAAAUUACGCAAACUUUGGGCAGCGGUGCUGAAAGUGGACGAAAAGCAAAUCGAGACCAGCGACAGCUUUUUCCGCAUGGGAGGAGACAGUAUCGUGGCGAUGCGGCUGGCGGGUGCUGCUCGAGACACGGGUUUGUCCCUGUCCGUGGCGGACAUCCUUAAAAGCCCAAUGCUAGAGAUCAUGGCCCAAGUGCUGCAGCCACUUGGAAGGGGUAGAGUCGGUCAAUUGUCGAGGUCCUUGGUGGAGGAACCCGAAAUGAUCGAUGCUUUGCCAUACGAGCCUUUCUCCCUCCUUCCUAGAGGCGUCAAUACCACAGCUCUCUGGCGCCGUCUUCCUGAAUACGGCAUCGCACGCGACGCAGUCCACGACAUACUCCCAGUUACAGACCAGCAAGCCAGGUUGGUAUCCCUGACCUACACGGCGAACCGCGGCAUGCUCCUCUACCACACGCUCGACGGUCAUGGCACCCCUGACUUCUCCCAAAUCCGUGCCGCGUGCCGCGACCUCGUCCAGCGUUUCGACAUGCUUCGCACUGUCUUCAUUGCGCACGGCACUGCCUUUCUGCAAGUCGUCCUGCGGUACCUAGCCCUCGAGAUUCCCGUCCUCGCCACGAGCCACCGGGAUUUGGAGGACUGUGUCGAGGACGUCCGGCAGUACGACAGCGGGCGGGCCAGUCUCCGUUUCGGCUCACCACUCGCGGGCUUCGCCAUCAUCCACCAGACACGCAUCAACAAGUGGCGGCUCGUGGCGCGCACGUCUCACGCGCAGCACGACGGCAUGAGCCUGCUUAAGAUGUGGAGUGCGUUCGAGAAGCUGUAUCACCCUAUGAAUGAGGAGCAACGGAAUCCACGACCCGGACCACAACAUCUUCUCCCCGGCGCCGAUGCGAACCUCACGCCUCCCCGCUCACCUCACAUGUCUGCCGCUGACAGCAGCAACAACGACGCAUCUUCAUUGCAGCAUUUCUCCUUCACCCAGCACAUGCUCGCCCUCGACCAGAUGGACAAGGAUGCGGCGCAUCGGUAUUGGCGCACCCUCCUCCAGGGCUCUUCUCCAACCGUCCUCCGCCCGCAGCCGAGCCACACCCUACGCAUCGGCGAGGGGCCCUGCGUGGUGCGCGAGAUACCGCGCGCGACACUGCCGCCGUGCGACUUCACCUUCUUCACGGUGCUGAAGUCGGCGUGGGCGUACGUGCUCGCGCGCGCCGCCGCGAGCGAUGACAUUGUCUUCUCGACACUGACGCAAGGCCGCGGGUUGCGCGGUAGCCAGGACGCAUUCGGGCCCUGCGUGAACGUCGUGCCGACGCGCGUGCGGUUCGCGGACGGCUGGCGGGCCACGGACCUGAUGACUGCCGUGCAGGGCCAGCAUGUCGCGAGCUUGCCAUUCGAGCAGGUGGGGUCGCGUGAGAUGGUGCGAGAGUGCACAGACUGGCCGCGGUGGAUGUUUGCUGGGUCGGUGGUAUAUCAUCAUAACUUUGAAGAUGGUGAUGGAGAGUCUGAGUCUGAUGAUGGUUACACUCGUGGCAUGCAUGAGGAAAGUGUUGCCGCGCGUCAGGGCUUCGCGGUUGCUGGGGAUGUCGACAAUGUGGAUGUGCACGUCACGAGCAAGCCCAGCGACGACGGCAAAGCAUUCAGAAUCGAGCUGAGCUUUGCGGUUGGCACCGUGUUGGAGAGGAUGGCGAGCCUGCUGGUCGCUAAGCUUUGUGAGACCAUCAGCCUGUUCCACCGCGCUGGUGAUAUGCCAUUGCCGUCGAGCAUGGACCUCAGGUCGUUGGCGGCGUCACUGCCGCAGCCAAUGAAUCCUGGCGGGCACGAUGGCUUGUUACUGGAGCCGACUGCGGAGGAGGUCAUGGUCGCGCAGCUGUGUCCGGAGGACGUUAGGCAUGCGCUGGUAACCUCAUGGGCCGAGGCGCUGGGUUGUGGCGUAGAGACGGUACCGAGAGCUCAUGAAGCAACGUCGUUCUUUGAUCUAGGUGGCGAUAUCGUCUGCGCUUCGGUGCUGUCGGCGCACAUGCAGCGCCAGGGCUACGAUCUGGGCAUUGAGGAUGUCUUGGAGAAUCCUAUGAUAUGCCAGCAGCUUGGAUUGCUUGGUUGGCGGUUGCUUAGGGUAUGA